UGGUAUGUUGUGAUACAUAUUGAACUAACUUUUUCCUUGGCAUUUUUCAGUGGUCUGUAUUGCACCAGUCAUGUCAAGAUCAUGUCAUUUUUUUAUAUAAUGUUAGUUGAGAUGUUUAACCAUAUAGAACAACACAAGAAUCAUGACUAGUCCAAUACUGUAACCAAUCCUCUUCAACUUCAGUGACUCAAUUUACUUUAUAUCUCAUCAGAAAGCAUGAUGGGAUCCCAUAAAUAGGUCGACAUUUGCAAUUCGACUUUUAUUGCCAUCUGUUUGUGAACUAUGGAUCCAUUUCUUCUCUCCAUCCUCUUAUGCUCAUGGAUCUUUGUUGUAGUGUAUUGGAAAAGGCUGAAUAGCAUGAGGCUAAGGCUUCCACCUGGACCUCCAACAUGGCCAAUCUUUGGGAAUCUUCUCCAGUUGAGCUCUCUUCCUCACAAGGACUUUGCUCGAUUUUGCACCAAAUAUGGUCCCCUUGUCUAUCUUCGCCUAGGAACCAUCGAUGCCAUCACCACUGAUGAUCCUGAAGUCAUCCGUGAAAUACUCAUCCGGCAAGAUGAGGUCUUUGCUUCACGACCUCGGACACUGGCUGCUGUUCAUCUUGCCUAUGGGUGUGGUGAUGUGGCUCUUGCCCCGCUGGGGCCAAACUGGAAAAGGAUGAGGAGAGUUUGCAUGGAGCACUUGCUGACGACCAAGCGGCUUGAGUCUUUCGCUGCUCACCGAGCUCAGGAGGCUGAGCACCUCUGCCAGUUUGUAUGGGCUAAAGCUCAGUCAGGGAAGCCCGUGAAUCUCAGAGAGGUUCUUGGUGCCUUUUCUAUGAACAACGUGACAAGGAUGUUGCUGGGGAAGCAAUACUUUGGGCUGCAGUCGGCAGGCCCUGGUGAAGCAAUGGAGUUCAUGCACAUCACCCAUGAGCUGUUCUUCCUUCUAGGCCUGAUCUAUCUUGGAGACUACUUGCCGGCUUGGAGGUGGCUUGAUCCAUACGGGUGCGAGAAGAAGAUGAGGGAGGUUGAGAAGAAGGUGGACGACUUCCACCAGAAGAUAAUAGAUGAACACAGGAGGGCGAGGGAGGCCAAGAAGAGUGCCCCAAUCGAUUAUGACGAUAGCAAAGAGGAGAUGGAUUUCGUUGAUGUGCUGCUAUCUUUGCCUGGUGAGAAUGGGAAGGAGCACAUGGAUGAUGUGGAGAUCAAAGCUUUGAUGCAGGACAUGAUCGCUGCUGCUACGGACACUUCAUCGGUGACCAACGAGUGGGUGAUGGCCGAGGUGAUCAAGAACCCGCGCGUCCUCCGCCGGAUCCAGGAGGAGCUGGACGCCGUGGUCGGCCGCGACCGCAUGGUCACCGAGUUGGACCUCGCCCACCUUCCCUACCUCCGGUGCGUCGUCCGGGAAUCCUUCCGGAUGCACCCGGCGGGCCCGUUCCUGAUCCCGCACGAGUCCCUGAAGCCGACGACGAUCAUGGGCUACCACAUCCCAGCGCGGACGCGCGUGUUCAUCAACACGCACGCGCUGGGCCGGAACCCGCGCAUCUGGGACGACGUCGAUGAGUUCCGGCCGGAGAGGCACCUGCCGGCUGACGGCACCGGCGGCCGGGUGGAGAUCAGCCACCUGCCCGACUUCAAGAUCCUGCCGUUCAGCGCCGGGAAGCGCAAGUGCCCAGGCGCGCCGCUGGGCGUGGUGCUGGUGCUCAUGGCGCUCGCCAGGCUCUUCCACUGCUUCAACUGGUCCCCGCCGGACGGCCUCCGCCCCGAGGACAUCGACACCGAGGAGGUCUAUGGGAUGACCAUGCCCAAAGCCAAGCCGCUCGUCGUCCGCGCCACGCCACGCCUGCCGCCGCAGAUGUACGGCUCGUGCAGUGCUGCUCGCCACGGCGGCAAGCAAAUGUAAGCGCGAUGGUGAUUAAGCUUUGGUCGCCAUGGCUCGUAAUAAGAGAGCUAGUGCUGUGCUUGAUUAGUCAGAGAGAACUGAUUCAACAUACUGCACUGUACACACACACACACACACACACACCCCACAAAAC